CUUUUCUACUCUUUCUUUUUUUAUAUACUGAAGCAUUCCCAACGUCAUCAAUGCAUCAGCAUCAACAAAACCCACCAACGUUACAGAACACGGUCGUCCCUGAAGAAACGGACGAGCAGAUUCAAAGCAUGAUGAGCGAGGAGGAAGAACUCAACGCCACGUCAAGACAUAGGCACAGCACCAACAACAGUAUAAGAAGGAGCCGUCUAUCAGAUAUCAUAUCGCAGCGGAUGCUUAGGCCAUUUUCAGGACACCAAGAACCUACGAAUGGGAUUAGUAGCUUUCACCAACAACAACAGCGCGACAGUGACAACAACUAUUAUCUUGCUCGAGACUCCCGUGUAUCCGCUAACUCGAUGCCACAAUUCCCAUGCGCAGCUAAACGACAAUCAUCCAUAAAGAAGCAACAUCAUCACAGUUUACCACGGUCACCCAGGAUCCCAUCCUCCUUAUCCGACAUCAUGUACUACAGCUGCGACCAAGACAGCAUUACUGAAUUACCCUUGAACAUGGGUGACGACGACUACGACGAUUAUGGAUACCACCACAAAAACGAAAAACAACACGGGAAUACUUUGCACGGCGCAUCGAGUAGUCAGACACUCGUAGCCAUGCCCUCUUACCAGUAUCAUUCUCAGUUCUGCCAUCAUCAUCAACAAUCAGAACCCAAUCAGCAACUACAACCAAACAAGCAACAACGUCAAUCUUGGCGGGUCACUGCAACGGAUUCAAUCUUUUCCUUCUUAUCCGCACCUUCCAAGAUCAGUCGUUCUACAACCCAGCACUAUGUGUUUUCGCCUCCUUCGUUGGCCGAAUUACACGGCAUUGAUAAUAUCACCACAGAGAAAAGGACAAACAAGGGAAAGCCGUCUCAACGCGGCAUAUGUACUACCGUGACAAUUGCUACCGUGAUAAUGGUGAUUUUGUUUUUGUUUGCAGGAUACCCAUUAUCUGUGCACAUUGCAAAGCAACAAAGUGAAAACAAGGGCAACAGCAGCAGCAGCAGUAUCAGCGGAAGCAGCAGUAUCAGUGGUAGCAGUAGUGACAUUAGCUAGUUUUCCUCAACCAUUUAAUUUGUUGAUUCAGCUGGUUUUCCGUCCCCAUUAAUCUUUCACUAUGAAAUGUUUAUUCGAUUAUAC